ACGGGCAGAGCUCAGAGCUUCAGAGUGUUUCAGGCUGCUUCAGCUAUGGAUUUGGUGGGCAGCCCAUCAUCGUGGUCCAUCCUGCAGUUUGCGCGGUUUUUCCCACGGCUUUAGCAGUGCUGCUUAUCUCACGCGCUGUUUGGAUUAUUCACGAACAAGCAGAGAGAGAGAGAGAGAGAGAAAGAGCGCGCGCACUCAGCCACGCCGAAAUAGUUGUAGCCGUGUGUUUGGUAACAGUAAGUUUUGUAACAGUGAGCUCGAGCUCCGCGUGCUGCCUCUAAGCGGCGGGACGCGGGUACUGCAGGCCAGCCAACCUGUAUACCCCCUCCUCUGACUUCUCGGAUCUCAUUCUCUAGAAGAUGGCGGACUGCGUUUCCCUGUUAGAUGAGGAGCUCUCGUCCUUUGUCUUCAAUUACUUGACAGAAAACUCUGGAAGCCAGUAUGGGGAGGAGGAGGUCUGCUCCGACCGCCUGGACACCGACUUCCCCGACUUCGACCUCUCUCAGUUGGACGCCAGCGACUUUGACUCAGUGAACUGCCUCAGCGAGCUGCGCUGGUGCAAUGACCAGUCAGACAGCUCCCCCGCCUCCAUCCAGUACAGCGCAGGGGACCCCGAGCUUUUCGAGAUAGAAGAGGAGAAUGCGGCACUGCUCGCUGCACUCACAGACAGCCUGGACGGCAUAGUGGAGGAUGGGGUAGGGGGGCUGUCUGUGUUCCCCUCGCUGGGGGAAGACCCCGAUGAUGAGGAGGAAGAGGCGGAGGAGGAAGAUGACCUCCCAUUGGACAGUGAGCCUUUCCCAGGCUCGUUGAGCCCAGAGACUGAAGACACGUCUCUACUGAAAAAGCUCCUUCUGUCCCCCCCAAAUGUGCCUGUGGGUCUGGACUCACACAGAGAGAGCACUGCGCUCCGCAAGACACAGCACUACAAGCCUGCCCGGCCUGUCCAGAAGAGUGAGAGGAUGUGUCCGGCAGAGAGAAAGCCACGAGUGGUGAGGCCUGCAGGCCGCCUCUGCACUGAACUGCACCGCCACCUCACCACCACCAAGGAGGCUGAGGCCGAAGAAGCCCCCUCAGCAGACACGGAGGAAGACGAGGAUGAGGAAGAGGAAGACGAGGAAGAGGACAGUGAGUCGGAGGAGGAGGAAGAAGAGGAAGAAGUUGAAUCUGGAUCCGGCAGUGAGGUGGAGAGCCCCGCGUGCUCCGAGCCUCCCAAGCCCCAGUUCACCUCUGAGAAGGAGCUUCACUCCGUGGUGGAGCUGAUCAAAUAUAUGCACACGUACUGUCUGCCCACACGCAAACAGGCCAGCUGGGACCGCAGAGAGCGCGAGGCGCGCAGGGCCAAGGCCGACAAUCCUCCGGCCCCUCGCAAUGGACCCUUAAAUACCCCCAAACCUGCUGCCCAGUGCGCCACACCUGCAGCCAGUAGCAGCGCAACCAAGCCCAGAAACCCUUUCGCCCGCAAGAGGGAAAUCAAAACCCAUUCGCUGCUCAAGGAGCUGCUGGAGGCCAUGACCUCCUUUGACGUGAGCAAGCCUUACAGACUGCACAGCCCCCCCUACAGCCACAGCAGAGGGGCGGCCGCAGCAGCGUACCAGCGGCCCAAAGCCGAGCCCAAAGAGUCCAGCAGCGAGGGCUCACAGACUGCCGCCAAACGGCCCAAAAGCCCCGAGCCCGAAGAGGAGGGUUCUUUUUCCGUUCGCCGAUCCCGCCGCCUAGCUUCCUUCCCCAGCCGCUACGCCAAAAAGCCGCGACCGAGUCGCCCAGAGUCCACUGGACACUCCAGCGAGGACGAGGGGGGCUCGACCAAAAACCCUCCCGCUCCUGUGUGUCCUGCUGAAGACAGCACCCAGAAGAAGAACCCAGAGAAGAGCACUGAAACCCCUAAAUCCUGCUGCAGUGACGAGAAACGCCCCUGCCUCUGUCUGCCGCUGACUCCCAAAUCCACAGGAGACACCCAGUACGCCAGCAGGCCCUUUGAGCAGACUCUCUGCGUGGAGCUGUGUGGCACAGCAGGACUCACUCCCCCCACCACACCCCCCCACAAGCCCGUGGAAGAGGAGCUCUUCAAACCCGAGGGUAAACCCGAACUGCCCAGCAAAGGCCUGUGCCCCACGCGGGCGCAUCUACGCAAACUUCCCGAGCAGACGGAGCUGUACGCGCAGCUGAGGCGCAUGGGCCAGGCGGGCGAGGGCGAGUCCAAGCGCGCCUAUGGGGACCACGACUACUGCCUGCUGAACCUGGGGCACGGCUGCAGGAGGCCUGCGGAGGCUCAGGACGGAGGGGAGGAGGUGAAGAACAGGCAGGAGGACAGAUCAGAGAGGAAGAGCGAGGAGCUGCAGGCUGACUCACCCACAGCCUUAUCCCCACCCCACCCAGAGGAGACGGGUCAACCUUCACCCGCCUGCUCCCCGACUACAGAGGCAGACGCCCAGUCACCCAGCUCCUGCCAUCCACCCUCACCCUGCCACCAGCUCACCCUCAGCUGUGAGAGCUCUGAGACGUGCCACCGAGACAAGCAGAGGAAUAACACUAAACCUGGACAAGAGGAUGUGGACAAGUGCCAAGUGUUCUACAUUCACAACUUGCCGAGCAGCGUCACACAGGCCAUGCUGCGCAAGCGCUUCGAGGCUUUUGGCGACCCUGAGGACUGCCAAGUGCUCGUCAAGAAUGAAGAGCGCUGCGGAGUCAUCACUUUCAGGCAGAACGAGCUGAGUCCGAAGCACAGGCGGGACUCUGUGGGUCAGCAUGCAGGGAACGGAGGCCGGAGGUUCGGCAGAAAGCGCUACAUAGACCUGGAUGAGGCAGGACCGGGCCCAGUGAAGAGCAAGUACGACGCUCUGGACUUUGAUACUCUUCUGAAAGAGGCUCAGAGGAGUCUGCAUCGCUGACACGCCUUACAGCUAGCGCCCUGUCCCGCAGAGCCUCAACACCUCAGCAGAGACUGCACCUCAUGUUUACAUUUUGAACAUUGGAAUCAGUUUAAAGAAUAAAGGACCUCGUCUCUUCUUACUGAGGACAGAAGGCCGCUGGGGUGUGAGGAUGGAAUUCAGAAAUGAAACAACGACGAGAAAGAGCCGCGAGGAGCGGUGAACCCCCUCACCCUCACCCUCGCGCGCACGCGUGUGUGUGUUCACAAGGCGGCUGCCGCUGACUCCGAGCAGCCCGGGCUUCUGUAGCAAACCCUCGCUCUGUCUCUCUCUCUCUAUCUUUCUUUCUCCGUUUGGUCGCCGUGAUGUGUGUAUGUGUGUGUGUGUGUUGUUUUUUUUUUUAUUUAUUUUUCUUUUUUGUAAAACCCUUUGUCAGUUUUUCUCGGUGGAAAUGCGCAACUUUUCGCCGUUUUUUUGUCGUACAACUAUAUAAACAAUAAUUAUUAGUAAAUCUUUGUGGAUGUUCAGCUGUAUGUGUUACAAUAACAAGAAAAAAACUGCUUAAAAACACAAAAAAUACCGAAAAACACAGAGUUUACAAAUCGAAAAGGAAAGGAGAAAGAAAUCUUGUCUUUUUUUUUGUAAUUUUAGUGCUUCCUUAUUUCAUCUAUGCACUCAAACGAGGUAGUAGCUUGUGGUUUCUCGCUCUCCCCUCCCUCUUCUGACUGGGUUCUGCUGCUGGCUGCCACAGAUUAACAUGUCAUAAAGCCCCUAGGUCCAACCAGUUUAGCUGCACUAUUCAUAACUAUCCCUCUUCCUUCUUUAAUAAUAAUCUCAAACGUAGAUAGAUAGUGUUUGGGGUUUGAUCUGAAUAGAAUGCACUUGGAUGCACGCCGUCCUGUUUAGAAGGACCUUAGAAGCAACCUUCAAGUUGACCAUCGGUUUUAUCUGAAAGUCUAGUGGAAGGAUCUCCUCUGUUGUUUCUGAGUGGAAUGUAUCGCUCACAGAUCUGAAUGUAGUCUGCCCUGUCGAUCUGUCUUGGUUUCAGAGAUUUUUGCAGUGUAGUUUGCAUCAUCCAGCAGCAAAACCCAUUGAGAUAGCGUCUAUGAGUGACACUUUUUGCGUCUAGGCGGAUAGCGUUGCUAGCGCUAGUGCUUGAGAGAAGGGCGGUGGGAAUCUGGGGGGACGAUAUUUCCAAAGCUCAAUCUCCCGAGAGGUACCGCCGUAUCUCUACCUUGUUUACAUCUCCCUCUCUCACAAACUUUAUCUCUCUCGCUCUCAGUUUUUCUACUCCCUCCUGUUCUAAUAGGGGAGCGUCUGCGGGUUUUUCUAGCUCUUGCCUCGUAGUAUCAAACUCUGAUUGUUCUCUGUGUGUUUUUUGCAGUCUACAAGUAUAUCCUCGUGUACCUGAGUGUGCUGUCUCUGUCUUUUGUUGGGUCCGAGGUCGGGCUUGGUCCCCCGAAGCGUGCUGGGAGUUGAAGUCUUUUCGCUCUAGCCUUGGCUUGUUUUUCUUAUGGGGGCGUUUGCUUUAGCCUGUGGAUCCUGUACAGUGGAGAUGUGUGCUUUUUUCGCAAGUGUGCGUAUGUAUGUAUGUUUGUAUGUAUGUAUGUGUGCGCGUAUGUGUGUAUGUGUUUUCUUAUGCAUUAUCCCUGCCUAUCCCCUAUCUAUUUUGUCCGAAUCGCCUCCCCAGCAACACACCAGGAAACUGAAUGUUUACAUCACUGAAAUCCUCCCUCCUUUUGACUUUCUUCAAGCGCACACUAAGUACAAUACGCCUUAUUUAACGUUAAGGCUGACCCAGUCGGGACGUGCCUUCUCGGCCUACCCUCCUAGGGCACCGGACACUGAUCUGCACGCCGAAGUGAGCGUCGUGUGUCAUCUGAAAAGAAAAAAGAAAAGAGAAAAGAAAAAACUAAACAAAACAACAACAAAAACCCACGCAGAUCCUGAAAAAACCUGAACGAGUGUUUGUGCUUAGUAUGUAUACUACUAAAGUGGAAGAAUGUGCUGGUUUACAUAAAUCUAUAUAGAUCUAUAUAUAUAUAUAUAUAAACAUAUGUAGGUAUAUAACGUGUACAUAGCACUGUGUCUAAUGUAAACACGAGAGUGACGCGUUCACGUGUGUGUUGAAAAGCAGGCACGUCGGGUGGCCGUCUACUACUGGGGCAAAGGUGAAGCGAUGAUCCUGAUGAUGAUAAUGAUGAUGAUGCAAGUCGUCUGGUGAUAAGCAAGGUUGAGCAAUACAGGGAGGUGCAGAAGGGAAUUUUAUAUGGACGUAGCUUCGUAAAUCAAAAAAGGAUUAAAAAAAAAAAAAAAAACGCUGUUGUAAAAAGUAUCCCUUUAGAAAAUGUCAGAAUAUUUUUAUUUCUUCUUUUUCUGUUUUAAAGUACUUGUAAUCAUUAUUUUUUUUACAGAAUCGAUGCAAUACAUAUUAUCUAAGAGAGCCUUUCUCAGAGAGGGAAGGUUUUAUUUAAGCCGUUGGUUGUUUUAAAAAGUUAUUUGGGGAAAUCCUUGAACUGAGAUCAUGUACUGCUAGAUACAGUGAAUAACAGCAGAAUACAAAGCGAACGGACUGUACGACUCAAAGCAAUCCACACUCUAAGCUCUAGGAAGUGAAGUGUGCUAGAGGUUGGGGGUUUUUCUGUUGACACUCUAUAUAGUAUUGCCACUUUCUUUACUGGUACUCACUUGACUGAAUCCGUCUGCACUGUCAUGCAGUAUUAGCAUUGAAUGACUAUGACUUAAGCUUCUGAACUUUGGUGUGAGACAGCAGAGUGUGUGAUAGAGUGUGUGUAAGUGUGUAUGUGUGUUUGCGUUCACUUGUAGACCUGCUGAAGCGUGGGACUGUCGGACGGCACUGGGUCGAACGAGGAAUACACUGACAGCCCAAUCUCACAAGGAGAGCCUUAAAAAAGGGGGGGAAAUACAGCUAUCUAGCUUUUACUAAUAGCUUCUACUGUCCUUUAAAACUCCAAUCUGUUUUCUUAAGUACUUUUACAAUACAGCCAUAUUAUGAACGGUGUACACAGUGUGUGUAUGUGUGUGAGUGUAUUUAUAUAUCAUAUAUAUAUACACACACCCACACACAAUGUAUGUAUUUGGGUUUGUGUAGAUAAAUAUAUAGAUAAAAAAAAAUAUAUAUAUAUAUAUAUAUAGAUGAUAUAAUUUCUUAUGAAGAACUUACUGACCAUUUUUGUUUAGCAUUUGAAAGCACUUCAAUACAUUUCAGCAUUCAGUGGCAAUUUAGAAUGUACAGACUGUGUUAAUCCAAAUGAAAGGGGAAUAAAACAAUAAGAAUAAAACUUCCAAAGGGAACCCUCUUCAAAAUGCAAUACAUCUUCAUUUCAGCAAUCGCUAUAUAAUGCUAUAUAAUGUACGAGCUUGAGACAAAAAUGACCAAAAAGUAUAUUUGAUGUUUGUACCGAAAAAAAGAAAAAGUGCAGUACCGCAUCAAAUCCAUCUCACGAAUGAAUGUCACGUUUCGCCUGCUUCGCCCUCCUCGCUUGUGCGGGAUGUUUGUACAGGAGGUUUGUAUGAGUGUACGAGUGAGUGUGUGUGUGUGUGUGUGUGUGUGUGUGUGUGUGUGUGUGUGUGUGUGUGUGUGUGUUGGUGUGUGUGUGUGUGUGUGUGGGUUUGAGUGUCGCACUUUCAUUGUUAUUGUAAUAAACUUAAAGAAGGAAACAAAAAGAAACAAAAACAUAGAACAUUUAAAGUCACUUUAAGUCAUAUAUUAAGUCACAUCAAUUACCCUAUGAGCUCAUUCAUCGUUCACAAAGUAUAUUAUUGCAAUAUUGAAAGAAUUCGUCCACUGAAUCACCCACUGAUCGUCGUAUUGGGGAACGUGUUUAUACUGUGUGUUGCUAUACCAUAAUCACCAAUGUCGGAAAAAUUCAAUUUCCAUUUUGUGUCAUUUCGAUGCCAGAGCCUGGGCUAACGGAGCGCCUCUGAUGUCUUUGUGUAUCCAUGAAGCCAGUGAUGGUCGUAGUCUUGCUGCUUCGAGACUUUGUCUUUGGUGGAAGUUAAAUCAGCGUCAAAGGGCAUACAUCCAUGAUUUCUUUUUGUUGUUUCAUUUCUUUCAAAUUGUUUUUUUGCGUCUUUACAUCUAAUGACUAUGAAAUUCACUGAUUUGUUUGUUUUUUCCCUUUUUUAACUUUAGUUUUUUUGGUAUAUGGUAAAUACUGCUAGUAAGAUUUUAUAUUUUUACAUAUAUUGGUUUUAUUUUGAGUUUUUGUUUUUUUAUUUAUAUGCCACUUAGCUUGGAUGUCUUUUAAUGGUGGGUUUCUUUUUUGUAUUGUGUGAUUUCAUAUGUCUUGAGAAUGGAGACAAAAUGCAUUUAAGUAUUUUUGAACUGUUAAAAUCUAGUUUCACAGAUUAUCUAUACAGUGGAAAAUUAUCUGAUGUUAUAAAUUAUAUUUUAAUUCAUGUAAAUAUUUAAAAAAAAACAAGAGAGACGAUGGCUUCCUUUUAAACUGAAUACAUUUCUCUUCUGAGAUUGUUUACAUUAUAAAACUGUAGAAAUUAUCCUCAUAUACUGUAAAAGGUACAUAUAUACAUUGAUUUGCCUCCAGAAAAUAAAAAAAUCCUAAUGAACAAUA